UGACAAAAAAAUGCUAUUGCAUCGGUUGUGUUUUUUCCCUCAAAAAAUUUUCUCUAAAUUCUCCAAAAAUUAAUAUAUAACAUAAAGUAAUAAGUAUAUAUAGAAAGUUUUCCAUUACUAUCAAAUAUUUCCCAUUCUUAACCCCACGCCGCCAUACGAUCCACCACAUGCCACCACCGGUACGCUCCGAUGACCACACAUGAUAAGCCACCAGCUCCAACGACCACUCACGCCACGCCACCAGUAGCUCCAAAUACAUACCACCAGUAGCUACUUUUUUGCUUCAAAGAUAGUGCUUGAUGUUCAGAAUGUCUGUCCAGUAAUUCCAAAUUUAUACCUCAAUGAACUAAUUUCCAAGUCUUGACAUGCCUUUCCAGAUAAGCUUCCUGAUAACUGGAGUGAGGUACUAAAUAUAUCUUCUAUAUGCUUACUGGACCACUUCUUUAUUAUACCUGGUGAACAGAUUCAUAUACUUGCAUGCCUCUCAGCCCGUAAGCAGGAAAUGGAAAUUCUUACACCUUUUAAAGUUACGGCCAUCGUGAAUAAAAAUAGUAUUGGACAAAGCAACCAGAAACAAAAUGGUAACUCAGGGACAAAUUCCGGGUCUGUUUCCCUUGGAGGAGCAGUGGAUGAUAGUAGUAUGAGUGAGAACGGUAAUGCAAAUAUUGAUCCUGAAAAGGAGGUUUCUACUGGUGAAAAUUUGUUGAGAUUGGAAGAUUACGAAAGACAAACUGAACCACUAGUACAAAGGUUUAACAGUUCUAACUUUUUCGCUCAAAUUGCAAAGUCAGAUGAACUUCUAUGGUCGAAAAGAAAAGCUAUGGAGGACUUAUCUGGUACGAUUGGAGCAGAUGGCUCUGAAAAAGUGAAGACACUUAAAAAGAAGCUAUCCUUGAGUGCCUCCACUGAUAAGGGAAACUUUGAUGCUAGAACAUCUGGUGGAGUGGCAAGAAAUAUUUUCUAGUGUUGUGCCCUUCCAAAUGGAGAUAUAGUGGUAUGUUCCGCAAAAACUGGAGGAGCAGGACUUUCUUGGCGAGGCUAGUUGCCCAUUAUCUUAGGUGCUGAUAACUGUCAAUCCAGUAUUUUAGUUUUGAAAGUUAUCAAUCCAGUAUUUUACUUUUGAAAUUAUAAUGCAAAAAGAUGUAAAGUUGUUGAAUAUUUUGAAUUAUGAG